AUGACUGCGUGCAAAGGGGAGAUUGGUGCAGUAGCGGCCAGGCGAAGAGAUCUCUUUGUAGAUCCGGCAACUGUGCGGGCAGUGACAAAAAAGACUAGAUCGGCAAGGCGGGAUGGACACGGUGAGGCGCCACCAUCCGGCGAUGGGCGGCGGCUGCGGGGGCCCGACGUCGUUGCGGUGCUCCAGCUCGCCGGCGCAGGAGUUCGCGGGGCUGGCGUCCGUGUUCCGGCGGCGGCUGGUGGUGGGGACGACUAUGGUGGCGGCCGACUUUGGGGCGUCAUCAGGCUGUCCCCAGAGCUCGGGCGCUCGCUGAGGCUCGACGGGUCUGCAAACCAUUCUUCUCGGCAGAAUUCGAAACGGCAUGCCGAUCGGCAGUCUCGUCGUGUUGAUAUCGAUAGGGAGGUAGAGGAUGAUGAGGUUGGUGACCAAUUCUGCAUUGUGAAACGAUGGAAAUGGAAGGCGGCCGCGCUGGUGGGAGUUGUGUAUGGAGAUGGCACAUCGUUUGCAACAUUGCAUAAGAACCAGCUAGGUACUGGCAUCCCGAACUUUUAUAGUUGCACAAAAAUUAAUUAA